AUGGACACAGAAGAUCGUACAACAAACGACCCACGAUGCACCCAAGUAACGGUCAUGAAAGUGGCCAAUAUCGCGUUCAAUAUGUUGAUUUUUAUCAUCACAUUGGCAUUGUGCAGUGUAGGAUUCUUUUUGAGCAACCUACCCUUUCUACGUAAGAACUUCAACGAUGACGCAAAUACGGCCCUCGGUUAUGUAGCAGAGUUCGGGAUGAUUUGCCACAUGUUUGUUAUAGGUCUUGAGAUAGAUCCUAACAUAUUUGUUCGGAUACCCAUUCGUGAAGCCAAAGUGGCAUGUACAGGGUUACUAAUUACCUUUCUACUAUCACUUUUCAUAACUCCGAUGUUACAUUUAAGUUACGAGCCUAGUAUUGCGUUUGAUGUCACGAUCUCGCUUGUUUUAUCGGGAACCGCCUCCCCCCUCCUCACACGUAUCAUCAACGACCUCAAGAUUGGGAAAUCUGAUAUAGGGCGGUUCUUGAUUUCGACUGCUGUCAUAUCCGAUCUUAUUUCCAUUAUUAUGCUAACCCUAGGGUACAUAGUUUUCGAUCCGUUGGAUGAUUUUGCUUUUCGAAAAGUUAGAGAUAUACUUCUUAUUCUUGCGGUUCUUGUCAUUCAGACGAUUCUCGCAGCUAAAUGUAUACCCUUUCUUAUGACAUGGGUGGAUAGUCAUAACCCACAAGGGAAAUUAAUGAAGGGUCCACACUUGAUUGUCUCAAUAGCUAGUCUUGUAUUCGUUUGCAGUCUUUCGCCAUGGAUAGCACAUUUCAACAUGAUGCUAAGUACGUUUUUGGCCGGAAUCGUGAUGCCUCGUGAUGGGAGGCUAUCGAAGUUGUUGACCGGUAAAGUUAAGUACUUUUUUGGACUAUUGUUCUUUCCGGUAUUCAUGGUUUGGGUUGGUUUUCAAGUUGACUUCUCCGAAUUCGAAAGUCAUAACUUGUUCACGUGGGCUAGCAUAGCUUUUCUUUUUGCAAUCAUAGUAGGUGGAAAAGUUUUCGGCAGUAUUAUUUCUGGGAUCAUGUUAGGGUUUCAUUGGCAGGAUUCGGUCGCAGUAGGGUUACUUCUAGGUAUCAAGGGUCACUUCCACAUCUUCAUGACUCUCUUAGCCGAGCAAAGAAAUAUAUCUAGUUCCUCAAAUAGCAGUGCUAUUGUAUUGGUUUGCUUCCUCACAUUCAUCUACGCCCCUAUGGUUGUCAAGAGCAUCAUCAGACGUGCAAGAAAGCGGUCACCAACACAACGUAUGGCCCUCCAAUGGCUCAAUCCAUCAAAUGAGUUGCGAAUAGUAUUAUGCAUUCAUGGCCUCGAAAACAUUCAAUCAACCAUUAACUUCAUGGAGAUCUCACAAGGGCCAGAAGAACCCCAAAUGACAGUUUACGUGAACGAUCUGAUCGAGUUAACUGAAACGGUAGCUUCCACGGUGGCACGUGGAGAAGGAGUGGACGCGAUGACUAUAACAGAUGCGGGUGUCAUAGAGAUGAGAGAAAACAUCACCAACACAAUACAAGCUUAUGUAAACGACCAUUGUGAAGGGAUUGAUGUACAAAGAACGCUUACACUAUGUCCAAUGGCCACAAUGCAUCACGAAAUUUGCACACUCGCAGAGGAUAUGUUGGUUUCGUUAAUCAUCCUCCCAUUCCAUAAGAACCAACAACCAGAUGGCAAGUUCAAUGCCAACCAUUUGGCGUUUCGAAGUGUCAAUAGAAAGGUAAUAAUACAAUAUCUCUACAUAAUGUUCCUAAUAAUUAUUGUGCCAAUAGAAAGAAUGUUUCUAAUGCAUAAAAGUAUGUAUGUUUUACGGUAUGCACCUUGUUCGGUUGGAGUUUUAGUGGACCGAGGUCUCGGGUCAAACCAACUAACAGGAGGAACCCAAAGUAUCAAAACCGCAAUCAUUUUCAUCGCAGGCAAAGACGAUCGCGAAGCACUUGCUUACGCAGGUCGAGUGGCACGACACUCAGGAGUGAAACUCACCGUCAUACGAUUCGUAUUGGACACCAGCGGAAGCAACACAUCAUCAAGGAUCACAAGGUCCCGAGCCAACACUGUUGAAUACGAGGAAGAAAUGAAGGAAGAUGACGAGUACUUUGCAGAGUUUUAUGAUCGACAUGUGGCUACAGGACAUGUUGCGUAUAUGGAAAAGUAUCUUUUGAAUUCCGGUGAGACGUAUUCAACUAUCAAGUCAUUAGAGGGUGAAUAUAGUUUAUUUAUUGUGGGAAGAGGAGAAAGGGUCAACUCAACAUUAACUGCGGGUAUGAAUGAUUGGGAGGUUUGCCCGGAGUUGGGUCCAAUCGGGGACAUUCUUUCGGCUCCGGAUUUCUCAACCACAGCCUCGGUUUUGAUUAUUCAACAACAUAAACUUAGAGGGAAACUUCAAGGAUUGCACGAAGAAUUCUCCAUUAUGUAA